AUGGAGAAGAAAACUGAAUGUCAAAUAGCUAUUAUUUGUGAAUGUUGCGAGGAAAGUAAUGUGGAUUUCUCUUGCAGCUGUGGCAUACGUAUCUGUGUAAAUUGCCUUGAUGAACACCAAAAAGAAAAUCCCAGUCAUAGUGAAUGUGAGUACGCUGAAAGACCAAUGAAAAUAGCUUGCGAGAAACAUGUUGGAGAAUUCUGCAAUUUAUUCUGCAAAAAUUGCUUCGAGCCAGCCUGUAAUGUCUGUUCAAAAAUCGAACAUAUGGGACAUAACUUCUCCUAUCUAAACGAUCAACUUUCCUCUCAAAGAACCCUGAUGAGGAGUGAGCUUCAGAGACUUAACAGAGAAUUCAAAAGUACGUAUGUGAAACUUCGAAGUGAUGUUGAGCAUAGGAUUUUUGACGUUCCUGCAAAAUAUUCAUCUAUUCAACUGGAAGUUGAACAGACAGGAAUGGCUUUACAGAAGAAAGUUGAGGAGGCAGUCAAAAAACUAAAAAUGCAAGUUGAAGCAAUGAAAAUGGAACACCUUGAUUCCCUUAGAGAAAACAAGAUCAAGAUAGAAAAAAACAUUGAAAAUAUCGAUUUAACUAAAUUAGAUAUUUCUAGGCAAAUGGCUGAUCCAAAACAAUUAGCUACGUACCAGGUUAAUGCAUAUUCUUUUCAACACUGCCCGGAAUUGAUGGAACGAACACUUCCCCUUUUCAAACGAUCUGAUUAUGACUUCAACUGUUUAAAAUUCUUAGGAACUUUGACUCCAUCGAAAAAAACCACAUUUUCUAAACUUCAAGAUGAAACAUCUGACAGAGAAGGUGACCAGAAAGUGGACAAAUCUUUUGAACUGCUGGAAAACGAAAGGCAUGUACAAAAGAUUUCCACAGUUUAUGGAUAUAUAUUUGACUUAUCAUUAUCAAUGAAUCAAAAUAUCCUUGUUUGCGGUACUUACAGAAUAAAGAGGAGUUUCACGAUUCGUACUCUAGAUUCCAGUGGAAAAGAAAUUAUGUUAAUACCCGCUCAACAUCAACCAAAUUAUAUUUCACAAGCAAACGAUAACUCAAUAUUUUACACAUCGGAAAGCAAAAAGGGUAUACACAAGAUUAUAAACGGAAGUACUGAGACCAUUGUUUUUGAUGAAUCCUGGAAACAAAAAGGUUUAGCGUGCAUGAGUUCUGAUGAUAUAAUAGUAUCUGAGCAUGACGAAAUGAGAGGGCUAGGACGUUUGAGCAUUUAUUCAUUAGAUGGAGAAAAGAAGCAAGUCUUUGGUAUCAAUGGUACAGAACAUGAUCUCAUUAAACCUACAUACGUUUGUGCAAACAUAAACACAGAUAUCUGCACCUCUGAUGAAGGACAACAAAUGGUUUUUGUAUUCUUUGCAGCUGGAAAUUUAAAACUUACGUACAAUGGAAAGUUCGAUAAUUCAGUAUUCACAUCUUUUUCACCUCGUGGCCUAGCUGCGGAUUGUAUGGGUAAUAUCCUUAUAGCUGACAAACAGAAUCACGCAAUACACGUUAUUGAUUCCGAUGGGUAUUUUUUAAGGUACAUAUUAAACAAUAUAAACUUUCCUACUGCUUUGGCAAUUGAUGACAGAAAAAGACUCUUAGUGGGGCAAUAUCUAGACGCCAGUAUUCAAGUAGUGGAGUAUUUAAAAAAUUGA